AUGUCUUUGACAUUGCCUGUUCCCGACCACACACUCCCAAGGGAGCACGUUCCAGAGUCCGCUGCGCGGUGUCUCCAACAAUCACCGCUCCCUCUUAUAGAUUCCCUACCCACCUCGCCUUCGCUUUACUCCGACGACGCCGACGACGAGAUUCCACGAAAACCCAACCAACUAUCACACAACAUGAUGCCGCGCCAGCGACAACCUACCGCCGAGCAGGCUCCGGCCCUACCUGAGAGGAGUGCCCGUCGAGCUUCAAGGAUGCUCGACGGCCUCACUCCCCAUAAACUUAUCGCGGAGGACCAGCAGCCCCCUCUGAAGGCCCAAUCCGCCCCCCACGAUGUUUACCUCUCCUCCGAGGAAGACGCAUCCUCAUCCGCCGACGACUUCUCCGACUUCGAGUGCGAGUCUAGCAGCGAGCAAUCUCAGAAGUCAGCUAUUCGACGGGGCAGCCAGGAGGACACCGCCCGCGUGGUCUCAGUCAUCUUCUCAGGCAAGCCCUCCAUCGUCGACCUUCCUCGGCGAUUUAUCUCUCCCAGCUCUAGCGAGACCUCUUCCCGACCUCCCAGCCGCCUCCGGAGAACUUCGACAAUGCCCAUCAUGGACCACCGCCGAGUCUCCAUGUCCUCUUCCCCCUCUGGCUCCUCCGUGCGGUCUUCCAUCAUGCACCCUCCCCGCACUAGCAGCAUGCUUCCCAGCAGCCGCCUCGAGAAGCAAAGACCUCAUUUCCUUAACAUUGACCCAUUCGCAACCAAGACUGAGCGGGAGGAAGAGCAUAACAAUGGCGACCUGAAGACGCCCAAGACGCCCACAGGCAUGUUCAAGCGCACGCUUAGCCUCGUCAAGAAGCGCAGCAGGCCUUCCCUAAACACUCACUUCAUCACCCAACACUCCUCUCUAUCCCGAGACAGCCUCCCGUCGUUCAUCACGCCGUCCUCCCACAUGGAGCAGGUUCGAGAGGAGUCUCCGGCCCCCGAGCCUAAAUCCGCCCCCCGGCCUGUUAGCCGAGGACCUGUCACUUACCACGAGAUUGUCAUGUCCGCGAAGCGAAGGGCCCAGACGACACCCAUGUCGCCCAUCUCUCCUCUCUCAGAACCUGCAUCCCCGAUGACUCCUAAUGGCACCCGGCAACGCCUACGACAAGGUUUCUCUUCCGCCCGACGGCGGAGUAUCAAGGCAUGA